AUGGAAGAUCUACAGCCUCCUAGGAAAAGCGUAGAGCUGGAGGAUGCAGGAGCACAUGAGCUUGAAUCGUCGGAUGAGAACGACCACUUUUCAGAUGCAAGCGAAGGCCGAGAACCUAUAUCGAAGGAGUCCGGAUCCGAAGACCACUCGUCUAUACCGAUUACAAGAGUCGAGAGAGUCGACAGCCAACCCGGAUACGGCGAGGUCCCCGGCACCGAGGCAUACAAACGUCGGGUGACCGAUGCAGUCCCUGAUGAAGUCGAAGUCGUACCGGAGGGAUUAAGAAGCCGGAGCUCUUCGCGAGUAGGAGGGCGGGAGAGAUCCCACACCAUCGGCGGGACACCAAUUCCUCGUACCGUCGUUGAAAAGGUGGACCCUGAUGCCCCGAGCUAUGGCGAAGUCCCUGGGACUUCGGCAUAUCACCUACAUCUAGCAGAUGCCCAACCCGAUGAGAUCCACAGAGCGCCUCCACAAGCAACUUCUCCCAUCGCAGGGUUGCCAACGCUGUCUCAUGAUAGAUCCGAAAUAUCCUCUGUUUCCCGAGAGGACGAACACCAAGGAUCGUCCAUGAGUGCUACUCAGGACGAUGGUGGGGGUGGGAGUGGAGUAGACGACGAAGACCACCAAGAGUCUGGUGACGACUUCGACGAUUUCGAGAGUGGGGAAGACGAAGAUUUUGGGGAUUUUGGAGAGGAGAUAGGAGAGCAGCUUCCGCAGCCUAGUCUGACCGACCAACCUCAAAUCCAUGCGUCCGUUGAUGCACCUCCCCCGCAUUAUAAACCCUUUGAUUUCAUGAAGUUUACAUCAGCAGAGCAACUGCAAGGUGCAUUACAACCCCAUAUUUUGGAGAUUUUCUCCGAAUCACCCAACGCGAACCGCAGAGAUCCACUGGGCGAGGCCAAUCCAAUGUUGAUGUCGGAGCGGAGUCAGUCCCUGUGGUCUCAGCUUGUAGCACCGCCGCCCCUGCAGCCCCCGAAUUGGGUCCGGUCACGAAUACGUCGCCUCUUUCUUGUUUCCUUGGGAGUUCCCGUCGACUUGGACGAGAUCUUGCCGGCGAGCAAACAAAAGAAACUCAUCUUACCAUCCAUCAACAUCCCCGGUGAUCGAUCACCAAGAGUGUCAUCCGACGAGCGAGGCAUCGGUGCCAUAUCUCGCCUGAAGAAAAAUAACGAUUCCUCCGCAUCGGUUACAUCAACGGCUUCGAAAUCAGAACGCAGGAGACGCGGUCCGCCGCCUCCACCUGCUUUAGAUGUCAACCGUGCCAAUUUACUUUGUUCCACGACUGAUGCGGCCCUUGGCAACUUUACCGAUGAGGAGCUUAAAGUUCACGUUCAAUCUCUCCAGGUCUUCAUUGAGCGCGCCAAAGAGGUGCGGGAAUACUGGGAGAAGCGGAAAGAGAGUGCGAUCGGAAACAAAGAGGCAUUCGAGGGUGUCAUUGAGAAUUUAGUGAAGCAUGCAAAGAAAGUACGGAAAUGA